GCCUAGACCCUUCUUCAGAAAGGGUCUAGGCCCGAAACGUCAGCUUUCCUGCUCCUCUGAUGCUGGUUGGCCUGCUGUGUUCAUCCAGCUCUACACCUUGUUAUCUCAGAUUCUCCAGUAUCUGCAGUUCCUACUAUCUCUGUUGCUAGGAAUGGAAGGUUUGAGUUAUAGGGAGAGGCUGGAUAAGCUGGGACGUUUUAAACUGGAGCGUCGGAGGUUGAACCAUGACCUUACUUUUUAAAAUCAUGAGGGUUAUAAUAAGGUGAAUGGCAGGUUUAUUUUCCCUGUGGUGAGUGAUUUAAAGACUGGGAACUACAUGUUUGAGAUGCGAGGAGAAAGGUUUUUAAAGAAGACAUGAGGAGCAAAUGUUUUUAUGCAGUGGUUUGUGAGCGGAAUGAACUGCCAGAGGAAGUGGUGGAUGAAGGUACAGUUACAACUUUUAAAAUACAUUUGGACGAGUAGAUGAAUAAGAAAUGUUUAGAGAUUUAUGGGCCAGGUGCAGGCAGGUGUUGCUGGUUUAGUCUGGGAUUAUUGUCAGCAUGGACUGGUUAAACCAAAGGGUCUGUUUCUGUGUUGUAUGACCCUAUGCAUUCUGUAAACUCAGAUUUUUAUUCUCAUGCCCAUUAAACUUUUGUUCUCUCUUAUUUGAUUCUUAUUAAAAGAUGUGCAAAAUUCAACAAAUGCAGAGGGACGAGAUCAGUACAUCUGCCGUGAAAUACGUCGCAACUCUUCUGGUUGCAUGAAACUUUCCGAUAAGUGUGAAAAAUGCAAAGAACUUAUGUCCUUAGAGUGUUUUGAUGUGGAUCACAAACCCUUGCGAAAGGCAUUUGAAGAGGCUCUGUCAAUGGCAGAGCAUUUUACAAAGAAAUAUGAUAAUCUAAUGAAAGAAUUUCAGCAGAAGAUGGAAAAUAGCACCAAGGAGUUAGAGACACUGAACAAACAGUUUGGAUGGGUGUCUAAACUGGCAAAUUAUACACAGAGUCCUGAUGGAUCUUAUCAUGUGAAAGCUAUAAUGUCAAGAUCCCCGAACGAGAGUCCAUCCAAAGAUCCCAGUACCACAGUCACUGUCCAGAUCUUUGAUUCGCCUCCAUUGACUUUCAUGGUUCCAGGACAGAACUGGGAGGAUCCUGAGUUCUCAGAAACACUGGCACAGCAAGCGUUAAAGCAUUACAAGGAAAGCAGAAUGUUACGAGGCCCACCAGAUCAUAAGCUGGAGACCAUGUGAGUAUCACUGUUACUUAGAAGUGGCACAUUCA